AUGUCCCAAUCCGAGCUGACCUCCCACUUUCACACGACUGCCACCGGCACUCGGCUGCACUACCUGCAAUGUGGCAGUUCCGAAGAUCGUCUUCUUGUCUGUCUGCACGGCCUCGGUGGCUCUUCCAGCACCUACACGCCGCUACUUCCACAUCUGCAGACGGAGCCUCCUGGCUUCAACGUCGUUCUUGUCGACUUUCCCGGCUUCGGCCAGUCGCCGCUUCCGCCUGCAUCCGCUGAGCUGUCCAUCCACAGUCAUGUUUCCGAUAUCCGCGACCUCAUCACAGCUCUGAGUACCACGAGCUCCAAACAGCCCGUCCUGUUUGGCCACUCUCUUGGCGGCAUCGUCGCUCUCCACUAUGCCGCCAGCUAUCCGGACGCCGUCGCCGGCCUUGCCCUCUUUGGCCCUGGCCGCUCAGCUGCCCAUCUGCCGUCUGUGCGCCAGCGCAUGCUCGACCUCGCUGCCGCUGUCCGCUCGCACGGCAUAACCUCCGCUGCCGACACUGCUGCUGAUCAGAGCAACUUUCCGGCCGCCUCCACCGGAAGGACCGUGAAGCCGGAGCACCGCGAGGCAGUACGCCAGGCCGUUGCCGCCUCCAACCCCGAGGGCUAUGCUCGCACCUGUGAGGCGAUUGUCGACCUUGGCCACGUUGACCCUGAUUACGGAACGAUCACGUGUCCGGCACUGUUCGUCGUCGGCGACCUUGACGUGAUCAGCGCACCAGAGCGCAUCCAGGCGCUCAGCCCGCUGCUCGGUGGCGACAGCUGGGUUGAGGUGGUGCGGUCUGGCCACCAGCCAAUAUUGGAGGAUACCGAGUCGGUUGCCAAGGCCGUUGGAAAGCUGCUAGAGAAGGCAGGAGGCCCAUAG